AUGUCAAAGGUUAUGCGCAGCGUGAAAAACGUGACCAAGGGUUACUCUCAUGCCCAGGUCAAGGUCCGAGAUGCGACGAGCAAUGACCCAUGGGGUCCGACAGGCACGCAGAUGAGCGAGAUUGCUCAAAUGACCUUCAACACGUCCAACGAGUUUUACGACAUAAUGGAUAUGCUUGAUAAGAGACUUAAUGACAAAGGAAAGAAUUGGCGUCACGUUCUCAAGGCGUUGAAGGUUCUCGACUACUGUCUGCACGAAGGCUCUGAGCUAGUUGUCACAUGGGCGCGCCAGAGUAUCUACAUCAUCAAGACGCUGCGAGAGUUCCAGUACAUCGACGAGGAAGGCCGUGAUGUCGGACAGAAUGUUCGUGUCGCGGCAAAGGAAUUGACCGCGCUUAUCCUUAAUGACGAGCGAUUGCGAGCGGAGCGAAGCGACCGGAAGUCCUGGAAGUCGCGCGUCAUGGGUCUCGAUUCAGAUUUCGGCCCGCAGUACGCCGAGCAGUCUCAGCGACGUCAGCCUCGAUCAGAACGGAGAGCUCAAAAUGAGGAAGACGACACCGAGUAUCGCCUUGCUAUUGAAGCCAGCAAAUACCAGGAGGAGGAGGACAGGAAACGAAGGCAGAAUCGCUCCAGUGGUGAAAAUGAUGACGAUCUCGCAAAAGCCAUCAAAUUGAGCCAAGAGGAGGAGGAGAGAAGACGCCGUGAGCUAGAAGAUUCUAACGCCGCUUCUCUAUUUGACGAUGACACUCCCGCAACCUCGCAACCACAGCACACCGGAUUCAACCAGGGAUACCAACAAGGCAACGCUGUGGAUUUCUGGGCCAACCCAAUUGAUCAACAGGCUGCGCAGCUUCCACAGCAGACAGGUUAUCUAGGAAACGCGUAUACCGGAUACCAGCAACCGCAGCAGCAGCAGCAGCCGCAGCAAACUGGCUGGCAGCCAAACUACAACGUGGCUUUCGGUCUUGAUACCUUCCUCCCGGUGCCAGCAGGUAACCUUGCUCAGCAGCAGCAGCAGCAGCAGCAGCAGCAGCAACAACAGCAAUUCCUACAGCAGCAGCAGUUUGCCCAGCAACAACACUUGCAGCCUACUCAGGCGCUGGACUUGGCCGUUCAGCCUGGAAGCAACAAUCCUUGGGCAACCAAUAAUCAGCUGCAGCACCAGUCUAUUCAGCCCACACCGACCGGUUCCAACAACCCCUUUGCUCAGAACAGGCCGCAAUCAGCAAGACCUGCGACGUCUUCUCUUAGCCCUCUGCCAGAGCAAAAGACUCUGUCUAACUUCAACCAGCCCCAAAUCCAGCUGCAGCAGCAGAAGCCUGCCUUUGGCCAGCCCCAGAGAGAACUCAGCGAGCACGAGAUGAAGCUGAACGCUUUGCUUGCCUCUGGAGACGGCAUGGACACAUACGGAAACACGGGAGAUUUGCGAAUCCCUUCUCAGCACACUGCUCCAGGAACGUUUAUCAACAGCGCUGGAGCCGGUCUUGGUCGCCUUAACCCAGAAGCUACCGGCAACAACCCUUUCCUACGACAGCAGUUCACAGGCCUUCCGAGCAUCACCUACGGUGGCCAA